AUGACACCGGUUGUUACCCCAAUCAUUCCAAAUGCCUCCAAAAAGAUAAGAUAUGACGAAUCAUAUUUGAAUAUCGGUUUAACUGUGAUAAAUUCUGGUGGAGAAGAGAAACCGCAGUGUGUUUUUUGCUCCGAAGUGUUGGCAACAACUUCACUAACGCCCAGUAGGUUAAAGAGACACUUGGAAACUAAGCACCCCAGUUCAACUCACAAAGAUGCAGACUUCUUCAAAUGCAAAGCUGAAAGAUUGAUUGGGUCCAGACUUGAUGACAUGGGAAUGUUUUCGCAAGACAUUACGACUGGUCUGAAGGCCUCUUAUGAGGUUUUGAGGAAAAUAACUGCUGCCAAAAAAUUUUUUGCUACCCAAAAAUUUUUUGCAAUCUAA